GAGCGACACUGAGCAUUGCUCCGACAGCCCCAUGCAAAUCCUGUCUUCGACUUGAUCAGGCCGGAGCACUGCCUGGCAUUGACGGGACCGCGUUACCUACCUACGCCUGUCCUCUUCUGGGGCUCCCCUCCCCAUCUGCUGCUAUAUUUAUCCGCCUGCUUGGCCAUAAAAGGCUGGCUGUGAGGCCUGACAUUCUGCUGCCUGACCACAUGCCUUAUUUUUGACCUGGCCCCCAGGCUCCUGUCUUCUGCCCUGCUGCUUAACUCUGCCUUGGAUUCAGCCUAGCUGGGUUUUCAUUGUCUCGUCCAGCCCCUCGCUGCGUCUUGACAUCUCCACCACCGUGGGUCCUCUGGAAGCUGGUUGCCCGCUUCCCUGAGAGGCACGAGAUGGCCCUGCCUUUUUAUCAGAGGUCCCAGCAGCACUACGACCUCAGCUACCGUGACAAGGACCUGCGCACCACCAUGAGCCAGUACCAGCAGGAGAAGCAGCGCUCCGCCAUCUACACGCACGGCUCUGCGGCCUACACCAGCCGCUCCUCGGCCGCCCACCGCCAGGAGUCCCAGGCCUCCAGCCGGGUGGCCUCCUCCUCGCAGCAGCAGGCCUCGCACUUCUCCUUCGGGGCUGAAGUCCAGCGCAAGGCCGCCUCGGCCUCGGCCUACGACUACGGCUACGGCUACUCCUCGCACGGACUUACAGACUCCAGUCUGCUGUUAGAAGAUUACUCGUCCAUCUCGAGCCCCAAAACCAAGCGAGCGAAGCACAGUCUUCUGUCCGGAGAGGAGAAGGAGAACCUGCCAGGUGGUUACCUGGUGCCCAUUUACUCCGGGCGGCAAGUGCACGUCAGUGGGAUGACAGACACAGAAGAGGAGCGAAUCAAAGAAGCAGCUGCAUACAUAGCCCAGAGAAAUCUCCUUGCUAGUGAGGAAGGAAUCCGGGCAUCCAAGCAGCUCACAGCAUCCAAGCGGUCCAUGCAGUCCAAACAGGCCACGUCCGUGCUGGAACAGGAGGAAACCCUGGAAAAGAAGUCGAGGGAGGUCACCAUUCGAGAAAAGGCAGACCUCUUGUCACUGAGGAAAACAUUAGAAGAAACCCAGGCAUACCACGGGAAGUUAAAUGAGGACCACCUUCUCCACGCUCCGGAGUUCAUCAUCAAACCUCGCUCUCACACGGUGUGGGAGAAGGAGAAUGUGAUACUGCACUGCUCCGUGGUAGGCUGGCCCGAGCCCCGCCUCACGUGGUACAAAAACCAGGUACCAAUAAAUGUCCAUGCCAGCCCCGGAAAGUAUAUCAUUGGAAGUCGAUAUGGAAUACACACUCUGGAGAUCACUGAAUGUGACUUCGAAGACACAGCUCAGUACCGGGCCUCGGCGAUGAAUGUCCAAGGCGAGCUUUCAGCCUACGCGUCAGUCGUAGUAAAGAGGUACAAGGGAGAGUUGGACGAAAUGCGCUCACACCAUGCCACCAUGCCCCCAAGCUUCGCCGUGACCCCGUAUGGCUACGCAGCCAAGUUUGAGAUCCACUUUGAUGACAAGUUUGAUGUGUCCUUUGGGAGAGAGAGAGAGACGAUGAGUCUCGGCUGCCGCGUGGUCAUCACUCCUGAAAUCAAGCGUUUCCAGCCAGAAAUCCAGUGGUACAGGAAUGGGGAGCCUGUCUCUCCAUCGAAGUGGGUGCAAACUCACUGGAGCGGCGACCGGGCAACCCUGACGUUUUCCCACCUCAACAAGGAAGACGAAGGCCUCUACACGAUCCGUGUGCGGAUGGGAGACUAUUACGAGCAGUACAGCGCCUAUGUCUUUGUCCGAGAUGCUGAUGCCGAGAUCCAAGGUGCCCCUGCCACACCCUUGGACGUGGUGAGCUUGGAAGCCAACAAAGACUACAUCAUCAUCUCCUGGAAGCAGCCGGCCGUGGACGGAGGGAGCCCUAUCCUGGGCUACUUCAUUGAUAAGUGUGAGGUGGGCACGGACAGCUGGUCUCAGUGCAAUGACACACCCGUGAAGUUUGCUCGCUUCCCAGUUACCGGGUUAAUAGAAGGCCGUUCCUACAUAUUCCGGGUUCGAGCAGUGAAUAAAAAUGGAAUAGGCCUGCCCUCCCGAGUUUCUGAGCCCGUGGCCGCCCUGGAUCCAGCUGAGAAAGCAAGACUUAAAAGUCGCCCGUCAGCACCCUGGACCGGACAGAUCAUCGUCACGGAAGAGGAGCCCUCAGCCGGCAUUGUUCCUGGGCCCCCCACAGACCUCUGUGUCACCGAGGCAACCCGAAGCUAUGUGGUGCUGAGCUGGAAGCCCCCCGGCCAGCGGGGCCACGAGGGCAUCAUGUACUUUGUGGAGAAGUGUGACGCGGGGACAGAGAGCUGGCAGCGGGUGAACACAGAGCUCCCCGUGAAGUCCCCUCGCUUUGCCCUGUUCGAUCUGGCCGAGGGCAAGUCCUACCAAUUCCGCGUGCGCUGCUCCAACUCGGCUGGGGUCGGUGAGCCCUCAGAGGCCACAGAGGUGACCGUUGUGGGGGACAAACUCGACAUCCCCCAGGCUCCCAGCAAAGUCAUCCCGAGCAGGAAUACAGAUACUUCGGUGGUGGUUUCGUGGGAGGAGCCCCCGGAUGCCAAGGAGCUGGUGGGGUACUACAUCGAGGCCAGCAUGGUCGGCUCCGGCACGUGGGAGCCCUGCAACAACAACCCGGUGAAGGGCACAAGGUUUACUUGCCAUGGACUGGUGACGGGUCAGAGCUACAUUUUCCGGGUCAGAGCAGUGAAUGCGGCUGGGCUUAGCGAUUAUUCGCAGGACUCAGAAGCAAUCGAAGUCAAAGCCGCGAUCGGAGGCGCAGUGUCUCCGGAUGUGUGGCCCGACCUGCCUGCUGCUCCCGGCGGACUAACAGCCUCCAGGGGGGCUGUGCAUGGAGCCUCCCCGAAAAGCUGCCCGAAAGAUGCUUUGCCCGAUAGCAAACUUAGCAAACCUUCACCUCCCCGCGUGUCUCACGACCUGGGCCACACAGAAGCGAGUAAAGUAAGUGACACAGUUCAGGAGGGGCUCACCCCCGCGCCCCAGAAGGCGGCUCCCCAGGGGCAGAGUCAGUCUGAGCCCCUGAAAGAGAAGAAGGACCCAGUAGCCGCGCCGUCUCCACCCUAUGACAUCACUUGUCUUGAAAGCUUUCGUGACUCGAUGGUUCUUGGAUGGAAGCAGCCGGAUAACAGCGGAGGGGCAGAAAUCACUGGCUACUAUGUGAAUUACCGAGAGGUGACCGAUGGGAAACCAGGGCCCUGGAGAGAAGCCAACAUCAAGGCGGUCAGCGAGGAGGCCUACAAGAUCAGCAACCUGAAGGAAAACGUGGUGUACCAAUUCCAAGUGGCUGCUAUGAACCUCGCCGGCCUGGGGGCGCCAUCGGCCGUGAGCCAGAGUUUCAAGUGCGAGGAGUGGACCAUCGCCGUGCCCGGUCCACCGCACAGUCUCAGGUACAGCGAGGUCAGGAAGAACUCCCUGGUUCUGCAGUGGAAGCCCCCUCUCUACUCGGGGCGGACUCCAGUCACUGGCUACUUUCUGGACCUGAAGGAGGCCAGUGCUAAAGAGGACCAGUGGCGAGGACUCAAUGAGACCGCCAUUGAACACACGUACCUGAAGGUGCAAGGCCUCCAGGAGGGCGUCAGCUACGUGUUCCGGGUCCGAGCCAUCAACCAGGCAGGCGUCGGGAAGCCAUCUGAUCUCGCUGGCCCUGUAGUGGCAGAAACCCGACCAGGAACCAAGGAGGUCGUUGUAAGCGUGGAUGACGACGGGAUCAUUUCAUUGAACUUCGAAUGUGAUCAGAUGACUCCAAAUUCAGAGUUCACCUGGUCCAAAGACUACGUGCGCACUGAGGACUCCCCACGGGUAGAAGUCGAAAGCAAAGGCAACAAGACAAAAAUGACCUUUAAAGACCUGGGGACAGAUGACCUGGGCAUCUACUCCUGCGACGUAACGGACACCGAUGGGAUAGCAUCAAGCUACGUCAUCGACGAGGACGAACUGAAGCGUUUGCUGGCUCUCAGCCAGGAACACAAGUUCCCAACUGUCCCAACUAAAUCGGAGUUGGCGGUGGAGAUUUUGGAGAAAGGUCUGGUCCGGUUCUGGAUGCAGGCGGAGAAGCUGUCUGCCAACGCCAAGGUCAACUACAUAUUUAACGAGAAGGAGAUUUUUGAAGGACCGAAAUACAAGAUGCAUGUCGACCGAAACACUGGCAUCAUCGAGAUGUUCAUGGAGAAGCUGCAGGACGAGGACGAGGGGACGUACACGUUCCAGAUUCAGGACGGGAGAGCCACGGGCCACUCCACCCUGGUGCUCAUUGGGGACGUUUAUAAAAAACUCCAGAAAGAAGCCGAAUUCCAGCGGCAAGAAUGGAUCAGGAAACAAGGCCCCCAUUUUGCUGAGUAUUUGAGCUGGGAAGUGACAGGUGAAUGUAAUGUACUGUUGAAAUGCAAGGUGGCAAAUAUUAAGAAAGAGACUAACAUUGUGUGGUACAAAGACGAGAGGGAGAUAUCAGUGGACGAGAAGCACGACUUCCAGGACGGCAUAUGCACACUGCUGAUAACAGAGUUUUCCAAGAAGGACGCUGGGUUUUACGAAGUCAUCCUGAAAGAUGACCGCGGAAAGGAUAAAAGCCGGCUGAAGCUUGUGGAUGAAGCCUUCCAAGAACUGAUGAGCGAAGUGUGCCGCAAGAUCGCUUUGUCAGCCACAGACCUGAAAAUCCAGAGCACUGCCGAGGGCAUCCGGCUGUACUCUUUUGUCACCUACUACCUGGAUGACCUGAAGGUUAACUGGUCCCACAAUGGGACUGCCGUUAAGUACACAGACAGAGUGAAGAGUGGGGUCACCGGGGAGCAGAUCUGGCUUCAAAUCAAUGAGCCCACUCCUAAUGACAAAGGGAAAUAUAUAAUGGAGCUCUUCGACGGGAAAACUGGACACCAGAAGAUGGUGGACCUUUCUGGACAAGCAUAUGAUGAGGCCUAUGCCGAGUUCCAGAGGUUAAAACAAGCUGCGAUCGCCGAGAAAAAUCGGGCCCGGGUGCUGGGCGGGCUCCCUGACGUGGUCACCAUCCAGGAGGGCAAGGCCCUCAACCUCACCUGCACCGUGUGGGGCGACCCUGCACCCGAGGUGUCCUGGCUGAAGAACGAGCGGCCGCUGGCCUCCAACGACCACUGCAACCUGCGCCUGGAGGCCGGGAAGACGGCCUACUUCACCAUCCUGGGCGUGAGCACGGCCGACUCGGGCAAGUACGGGCUGGUGGUGAAGAACAAGUAUGGCACCGAGACCAGCGACUUCACGGUCAGCGUGUUCAUCCCCGAGGAAGAGGCCCGCACGGCCACGGCUGAGGCCCAGAAGGGCACCCAGAAGUCCAAGUGAGCAGGGGCCUGCGAGGGGCGGCAGCCAAGAGGAGCCAGGACGACCUGCUGUGUGUGUAUGUCUGUGCGUGGACAGGGAAAUGCAGCUGGGCGUGGUGGUGCACACCUGUGAUCCCAGCAGGUGAGGCUGAAGCAGGAGGAUCCCUGCAAGUUCAAGGUUAGCCUGGUCUACAACGUGAGUUCAAGGCCAGCCUGAAUUUCACAGUGCGACCCUGUCUCAAAAGGAAAAACAAAACAUUUUGUUCCUUACCUGCAAAUUCUGCGUUGAGAAAAUACCACUGGUUUCAUGGACGGUCGGAAAGGGUUGAGGAAGAAGCUGGAGUUGUGUGGAGGGCCGUGUGCAAUGGUCAGUGAGCGCAGGGCGCACUGUGGAUCGUGAUUCUGCACCAGGUCCUGGAGGACAGCGUGGAGCUGGGGCCCGCGUGUGUGUAUGUGUAUGUGUUGGUGCCGUGUCGGGACUCGCAUGCAGCCCCGGGCUCCUCACUCUGAAUAAAUCGUGUCUGCCCCUC